GUAGGUCGUUAAGGCUGCGCGCGGUUCGGCUGCAGAUGCAGGUCGCUGAGUGGGAGCGCGAGGCGGGGGGAAAUGGCGAACAGGCGCGGGCGGCGGUGCACCUUUUGAGGAUAUAGUAGGCACCGGGAGCGCAGGCAGGCAGAGAGGCGGCUCGAGGACAGAGAGAAGUAGAGGAACCAUGGAGGACUCGGAGCCCGCAGAGGACGGCUUACUUGCGGGCUUGCGGUGGAACAGGAGCGCAAGAGACCAAGCUCAGCUGAAACACAAAAUCCGGGAUCUGCCGGGACUACUGAAGCACGGGCUUCACCUGCGGAAGAAAAGCCAAUCACCUGACACUAUCCCCGGACCAAGCACUGGACCUGCUGUACAUAAGUCUUGUUCCCAGAGUUUUCCAUGUGCUGGUCGGGCUGUGAGGAAUGCUUUCUUGUCACAUGGACCAUACCCAGCGAAGGACAAGAUACACCUGGCCAGAAUCAUACGGCGUAGCUAUGUGGGAGUGGAGCUGGUGCAGUGGCUGUGUGAGCAAUGUGUGUAUGUGCGCUGUCGGACUACCGCUGUGCGUGUCUGGCAGGUGCUGCUGGAGCUGGGAGUCCUGCUGUCUGUGGACCAGCGGGUGGUGUUUUCAGACUCCAACUCUUACUACCAGUUCAGCUUUGAGGAGUGUGACUCUCCCUCCUGUGAAUUUCGUUACAAUGAGGGGGAGUGGCCAGAGGCUGUUAAGCUCCUCCUACAACUAGCUCCAUAUGUCCAAUUCCGCUCAGGGGGUGGAGCCAAUAGUCCGUCAGAGGAAGACUCUGAAGGCAACAGGGACAUCUGCAGUGAGAUUCUUCAGAUGAAAGCUCUUGAGAGACUCACUUCUACGGUGCAAAGUGAGUUGGCGGCUGCUCUUGCGCGAAAGACACGUAAAGCUUUGUCAGAGCAGGACUCUGAGACAGCAGAGACGAGCCACCAGGAGCCUCGAACGCCCAGCGAGGAGAGCAGUCCGCUGGGAGGUGUGUGUGCUUUGCGGGACAGCAGCAGCAGCGGCGGCGGAGGGAUGGGCACCGUGUGCGGCCGCGAGGAGCUAACCAGCCGGCUGGGGCUGGAGGCCGUGCAGCGGCUGGCCAAAGACGGCUGUCGGCUGCUGCAGAACCACAACUACCGUCUACCCGACAGGAACCAGGCGGAGGCGGUAGGAAGGGUUUGUCUAAAGGAGAGAGGUCGGGACGUAUUGGUGUUGCGGAGAGUGACAUCAUCAGUGACAUCGCCAUCGGACAGGCCCUCACCAACAUCGUCCGGGGGCGGGUCCAGAGAGGAGGAUUGCGACAAGAGGUAUGUGGUGGUGUCCGGAACGCCGCUUAAGAUUUUGGAGCAUCUGCUAAGUGAUCUACGAUUGGAUGACCAAAGAGGGGCACCAGAGAACAAGGAGAGCGAAAUGCUGCUGGAUGAUUUCCUGUUAACGUAUCUGGUGUUCAUGUCCACUCAUGACCUCUGUCAGGCCCUGCUGGGACACUAUAGCAGCGCACGCUGCAGGGGCCAGGAGGAGGGCAAAGAUGCCCUCUUCAGGAAACGUAAAGUACUGCAGCUUGUUUCCCACUGGAGCAGACUCUAUAAGGAUUUCCUAAAGGAAGAGGAGCACGUCAGGAGCUUCAUGAAGACUCUGUACAGGUGUGUUUUAGAAGAUCUGUACGAGUUCCCCACAUUGGAGAAAGACCUGAAGGAGUUUCAGAAACUUCUGCGUCGCAGGCACACGGUGGAUGACUGCCCUCCAAACCAAAAGAGCAAACAAACGUAUCAGCAUAUGAGUCUGAAGGAAAACUGUUUGCAGCUCCGCAGUCCACAGACCGAUACCAGAGAGGUUAUUUGCUGCGUGUACGUGAGUGCCGACUCCUACCUGAGUGUCCACACGCAUCCCUCGCUGGAGGCCCGUGAGCUUCUGCGGAUUGUGGCUCUGAAGAUGGACAGAGCAGAGGAGGACAUGGUGCUCGCCGUGGUGUCGCACACUGGAGAGCGGAGGGUGUUACAGCCCAGUGACUGUGUGUACUCUGAGUCUCUGACCCCACAAGGAAAGCUUGUGGCCUGUCGCAGGGAUCUUACUGAGAUCUUGCCUCCUUUAACAGACAGUGCUGAGCUAAGCAGGAGGCCAGUUCGACUCCUGGGCAUCAACACCUGGGAUGUGGCAGCUGCCCUCACACACCUGGAUUGGAGUCUCUUCAAAUCCAUUCACGAGCAGGAGCUGGUGUACUACACUCUCAGCCGCGCUCCUGGCACUGGCCACACGGCGGCGCUCUCAGUCCUGCUGCAGCGCUGUAACGAGGUCCAGCAGUGGGUCAUGUCCGAGGUGCUCAUGUGUGUGUCGCUCAACAAGCGAGUACAGCUUCUCAAGAAGUUUAUCAAGAUUGCAGCUCACUGUAAAGCCCAGAGAAAUCUGAACUCUGCAUUUGCCAUCAUCAUGGGUCUUAACACAGCUGCUGUCAGUCGACUCAACCAAACGUGGGAGAAAUGUCCGGGGAAGUUCAAGAAGCUCUUCUCAGAGCUGGAACUCAUCACGGAUCCAUCUCUAAACCACAAAGCCUACAGAGAAGCCUUCAAGAGGAUGAAACCUCCUAAGAUCCCUUUCAUGCCUCUUCUCUUAAAAGAUAUCACUUUUAUCCACGAGGGAAAUAAGACCUUCCAUGACAACUUGGUCAACUUUGAGAAGUUGCAUAUGAUUGCAGACACGGUGAGAAUGAUUCGCCACUGCCAAAGUGACCAGUCAGGCAACGAGGUAAUUGGGGUCGACAGUGCGGAGGUGAGGGCGAGCGUUCACUACCUGCACAUUAUCGACAAUCAGCAGACGCUUUUUGAACUUUCACACAAACUGGAGCCCCGCGCUUAAACAGAGACGCAUGCACACACACACACACACACACACACACACACAC